AUGCAACCAGGAACAACGGCGGUCAUGGAUCCUAGGUACCAACAACAAUGGAUGAUGAUGAAUCAACAUCAAGUACCGCCUCCACAGCAACAGUUCCAUCAACAACAGCCGCAACAUAUGUAUACAUACAACCAGCAACCACCACCGGCUGCGGCCGUUCUACCUCAGUACUCUGUAGCAGCAACACCUACAGGUGCUGGUCCAAAUCAUCAGCCAGCUAGCGCAGAUGAAAUCCGUACGCUAUGGAUCGGUGAUCUUCAGUAUUGGAUGGAAGAACAGUACCUCGUCAGCUGUUUCGCCCAAUCUGGCGAGGUCCUAUCUGCCAAAGUAAUCCGUAACAAGCAAAGUGGACAAUCUGAAGGUUAUGGUUUCAUUGAGUUUGUUAACCGAGAUGCUGCAGAAAGGCAUCUACAGACAUACAAUGGCACUCUCAUGCCAAAUGUUGAACAAAACUUCAGGCUGAACUGGGCUUCUCUUGGAGUUGGUGAAAAACGUGCAGAUGGUUCACCUGAUUUCACCAUAUUUGUUGGGGACUUAGCAGCCGAUGUUACAGAUUAUACAUUACAGGAGACAUUUAGGGCUCAUUAUCAAUCUGUAAGAAGUGCAAAAGUUGUAACUGAUCGAAUGACAGGGCGCACAAAAGGUUAUGGAUUUGUCAAAUUUGGAGAUGAAACUGAACAAAUACGCGCCAUGACUGAGAUGAAUGGAAGCUUAUGCUCAACCAGACCUAUGCGCAUUGGUCCAGCUGCUAACAAAAACACUACUGGUGGACAACAGAAUCCUAAAGCUUCAUACCAGAAUAAUACUAGUCAAGGAUCACAGAGUGAGGAGGAUCCAAAUAACACAACUAUAUUUGUUGGUGGUUUGGAUCCGAAUGUUACAGAUGAACAUUUAAGGCAAGUUUUCAGCCAACAUGGACAAUUAGUCCAUGUCAAAAUCCCUGCUGGAAAACGAUGUGGCUUUGUUCAAUUUGCUGAAAGAAGCUGUGCUGAAGAAGCAUUGCGUAUGCUGCAAGGAACUCAAUUAGGUGGACAGACUGUUAGACUUUCGUGGGGUCGUAGUCCUUCAAAUAAACAGGGUCAAGAAAGUCAAUACAAUGGUGGAGGAUAUUAUGGAUACGAGGGUUAUGGAGGGUAUGCUCCUGCUCCUCCUGUAGUACCACAAGAUCCAAAUAGUAUGUAUUAUGGACAUGCUGGAGGAGCUUAUGCUGGAUAUGCUGCUGCUUAUCCACAACAACAGCCACAUCAUCAGUGAUAUGGUGUGGAAGGAUAUGAAGGAUAAAGUACACCGAAGUGCAUUAAAUACAACAUUGUAGUAAUCGUCUACAUUUUAAAAAAUUUCUUGAGUUGCUUCUGUCAUUUAAGUCGACUUUUAUUUGUAUGUUUUGCUUGUUAACAAUUAGGGGUUGGUUUAUUGUUUAUUUGCUUGAAGUGGAAUUCAUAACAAAAGUAAAUCUUGAUGUACAUUUUGUGUUGAAGCAAGGCAUUGAACAAUGGAAAUGGUGAUCAACAGUUUUAAUCUUCGCAUAUAUAUUCCACAGCUUUAAUUGUCAAAAAAGUAC